GUCACUGGGAGACCAUCCACUUAAAUGCAGCUCCAGGGUUGCGAGGCACCCACCAGCAUCACUCCCCGGGCGAGGUGGCAAAUGCAACAUGCUCUCCAGCUUGGGGUGUCUACUUCUCUGUGGAAGUAUUGCACUUGCCCUGGGAAAUGCACAGAAAUUGCCAAAAGGUAAAAAGACAAGCCUUAAAGUCCACAUCAAUACCACCAGUGACUCCAUCCUCUUGAAGUUCCUACGUCCAAAUCCAAAUGUAAAGCUUGAAGGAUUUCUGCUGGGAUAUGGCAGCAACGUAUCUCCAAACCAGUACUUCCCUCUUCCCACUGAAGGGAAAUACACAGAAGCUGUAGUUGAUGCAGAGCCCAAAUAUCUGAUAGUUGUACGACCUGCUCCCCCUCCAAGCCAAAAGAAGUCAUGCUCAGGUAAAAGUCGUUCGCGCAAACCUCUGCAGCUGGUGGUUGGCACUCUGACACCAAGCUCAGUCUUCCUGUCCUGGGGUUUCCUCAUUAAUCCACACCAUGACUGGACGUUGCCAAGUCACUGUCCCAAUGACAGAUUUUACACAAUUCGCUAUAGAGAAAAGGAUAAGGAAAAAAAAUGGAUUUUUCAACUCUGUCCAGCCACUGAAACAAUUGUGGAAAAUUUAAAGCCCAACACAGUUUAUGAAUUUGGAGUAAAAGACAAUGUGGAAGGGGGAAUUUGGAGUAAGAUUUUUAAUCACAAGACUAUUAUAGGAAGUAAAAACAAAGUAAAUGGGAAAAUCCAGAGUACUUAUGACCAAAUCCACACAGUGCCAGCGUAUGUCCCAAAGAAGCUAAUCCCAAUAACAAUCAUCAAACAAGUGAUUCAGAAUGUUACUCACAAGGCUUCCACUAAAUCUCCAGAUAAGACUCCCUAUGGAGGACCAAUACUAGUUCACCUUAUUAUACCAGGUCCUAAUGACACCACUAUAAAACUUCCUACAUCCAUUAUGUUUGAGAUUUCAGAUGCAAUCAAGACACAAUUGGCCAAGAAUGAAACUUUGGCAUUACCUGCUGAAUCUAAAACACCAGAGGUUGAAAAAAUCCCAGCACAGCCUGUUACAGUGAUUCCUGAAAUAGUUCCCAGAACCAUUAAAUCCACUGUGUCUAGUGAAGUAGAUGUUUCAGAAACAACACUAGUUCUCAGUGAAACGACUCCAGAAGCAUUGCAAACUAUUCUAAUGCCUAAGUUUGAAUUGCCCCUGAGCACUCUAGCUCCAAAAAGUCUUCCAGAUUUUCCUGAGGCAAAAACACCCUUCCCUUUUGAGAAACCAAGGGGUACUUUUGCUUCAAGUGAAAAGCCAUGGAUGGUGCCUACAGCUAAACCAUCUGAAGAUUCCAAAGUUGUACAGCCUCAAACUGCAACUUAUGAUGUUUUCUCAAGUUCUACAACUUCAGAUGAGACUGAAAUAUCAGAGGCCCACACAGCAACAAGUGAUCUUAUUCUGGAUUCUGUCCCACCUAAAACUUCUAGAACUCUUGAGCAGCCAAGGGCAACACUAGCUGCAAGUGAAACACCGUUUGUUCCUCAAAAAAUGGAAACCUUUACCAGUCCUGAAAUGCAGCCUACAACACCUGUUCCCCAGCGAACUACAUCUACCCCUUCUACACCUAAACGACGCCCUAGACCACAAACACCAAGAACUAAGCCUGCCCCAGAACCUCAGACUCCACCAACGCCACAGACAACCAAAGCUCCACCAAAGACCAAAAGACCAGGUCGUCGCCCCCGCCCUAAAACCACACGCAGUCCAGAUGUGCCCAAGUCCAAACCUGCUCUGGAACCAGCCACAGUACAACUGGAGCUCUUGGUUCCCACAGUCGCUCCAAAACCAAUCAAGAGACCUAAGACCACACAGAGACCGGAUGUACCCCAAAUCCAGCCUGAUUCAAAACCACCAAAGCAAUUACUUCCUAAGCCCAAAACCUCAGCCAAACCAGACAUUUCACCAACUAAAUCCGUCUUGGAGCUUGACACAGUUGAGACUGAAGCUCCCUCUUCCACCAUAGCUACUACCACAGAUAUUGAACCUGUAAUUCUGAAAACUGAGGCUCCUGGAACAACAUUAGCUCCAAAAAAACCACAACGUGCAAGAACUCGUCGUCCUCGUCCCAAACAUAAAACCACUCCAAGUCCAAAGAUACCUCAGACUAAACCAGACUUUGGACCUGUGACUCCUGAGCCAUCUUUAGUUCCUGCCACGAUCCAUGAACCAGUUGUUAGGACUGAGGCUCCAGGGACAACACUAGCUCCCAAAGUGCCUCAACGAACACGCCGUCCUCGUCCCAAACCUAAAACUACACAGAGUCCUGAAGCACCUCACACAGAACUGGUUCCUUCCACAGUCUUUGAACCAGUUACACCUGUAAAARAGGCCCCGGGAGCAGAAUUAGUUCCUGUUACAGACCUUGAACCUGUUACUUUCAGAACUGAGACCCCUGUGACGACACGAGCAACCAAAAUAUCACAAAGAACCCGGCGUCCACGACCCAGGCCUAAAACUACCACACCGACACCUCAAGUGCCUCAGACGAAACYGGUUCCUGCUAUAGUCCUUGAACCUGUCACUCCUAGACCUGAGGCCCCACAAACAACAUUAGCUCCCAAAACAUCACAAUGGAUAACUCAUCCACAUUCCAGACCAAAACCCAUGCCGAGUCCUGAAGCACCUGAGUCCAAACCAGUUCCUAUGGCAGAGUUUGAACCUGUGACACUCAAAACUGAGAUGCAGGUGACAACAGAAGCUCCCAAAACAUCAAAACGAACCCGACGUCCACGUCCCAAACCUAAAACCACACCAAGUCCUAAGGCUCCUCAGACCAAACAGGUUCCUGCUACAGAUCUUGAACCUGGUUCUUUUGGAACUGAAGCUUCAGAAACCAUAGUUCUUGCUACAGUCCUUGAGCCUGUCACUCUUAGAACCAAGGCUCCAGAAACAACACUGGCUACUAAAAUACAACGAACACGUCGUCCACGUCCCAGACCUAAAACCACAUCAAGUCCUGCAGAAUCCCAGACCAAGCCGGUUACUGCUCCAGGCUUUGAACCUGAUAUUCAUAGUACUGAGGCUCCAGCAACAACAUUAGCUCCCACUGAACUGCAGACUCUUAUUUUGAAACCAGUGACAUCACCAAGCCUAGAAAUGACACAAAGUCAACUGGUUUCUGAGGUUCUGGAAUCGGUUACAUUUAGCACUGAGUCAUCAAAGGAGACCAUAGAACCAGUCGAAACAGAUUAUAUAUAUCCCACGACCAAAUCACCUUUCGGGACAGAGGAAUCAAAACCUAAAGUUGUGGAAUCUAUUACAUAUGUGUCUGAACCUCCUGUGACCACACUAGAAACGUCAUCUCUGCCUUCCCAAACUAUAACCCCACCCAGCCCUGAUGAGCCUCAGACUGAACCUGCUCCCUGGCAGACACCACGUGCUCCUCCCAAGCCAAAAACAUCUCCACACCCAAGAAUCCCACAAACACAACCAGUUCCUAAGGGGCCCCAGCGUGCUACUUCAAAACCAAAAAUGUCACCAAGUCCAGAAGCGUUAUACACUACACCUGUUCCAAAAGAUGCACUCCUUCCCCAUAAACCAGACCCUGAAGUUUCUCAGCAUGAAUCCGUUCUACAACCUGUUACCUUUAGAAUCGAGCCUCCAGAGACAACAAUAGUUCCUUUAGAGACACGAGGCAUCCCUUUUAUACCUAUAAUUUCACCAAGUCCUAGUCAAGAGGAACUACAAACCACCCUGGAAGAAACAGACCAGACCACCCAAGAGCUCAUCACAACUAAGAUUCCAAGAACAACUGAAUGGGCAAAGACAACUCAGGCACCACAUAGAUUGUAUACUACUCCUGUGAGACCCAGAAUACCUGGCAAACCACACAUCAGACCUGUUCUGAAUAGGACAAGACCCAUUAGACCCAAACCCAGUGGGAUACCCAGCAGGAAUGGAGUCGGAACAGGAACCAAGCAAGCACCCAAACCAUCAGGUGCUGGCAGAAAUGUGUCAGUGGACUUCACCCACUCCACAAAAAAACCAGGGACUCGCCACCCAGCAGGGCCACCUAGAUCUGUGCCUCCACGAAGAAAACCUUUACCACCAAAUAAUGUCACUGGGAAACCAGGAAGCAUAGGAAUCAUCUCAUCAGGCCGAGUAACUUCCCCACCCCUGAGAGCAACACCCAAACCUACAGGAAUCCCCUCAGAGAGACCAGAGAUAGACAAAAAGCAGCCAACAGCUCCUGCCUCUGGAGAAGAGCUUGGUAACACAACUGACUUUAGUUCAAGCCCAACAAGAGAAACAGAUCAUCUUGGGAAGCCCAGAUUCAAAGGUCCUCAUGUGCGUUACAUCCCAAAGCCAGACAACAGGCCCUGCUCCAUCACCGACUCCGUCAAACGGUUCCCCACAGAGGAAGCCAUGGAGGGGAAUGCCACCAGCCCUCCACAGAACCCCCCCACCAACCUCACUGUGGUCACUGUGGAAGGGUGCCCCUCAUUUGUCAUCUUGGACUGGGAGAAGCCACUAAAUGACACCGUAACUGAAUAUGAAGUUAUAUCCAGAGAAAAUGGGUCAUUCAGUGGGAAGAACAAGUCCAUUCAAGUUACAAAUCAAACCUUCUCCACAAUAGAAAAUCUGAAACCAGACACAAGCUAUGAAUUCCAGGUGAAACCCAAAAACCCACUUGGUGAAGGCCCAGCCAGCAACACAGUGGCAUUUAGUACUGAGUCAGCGGACCCAAGAGUGAGUGAGCCGGUUUCUGCAGGAAGAGAUGCCAUCUGGACUGAAAGACCCUUUAAUUCAGACUCUUACUCAGAAUGUAAGGGCAAACAGUAUGUCAAAAGAACGUGGUAUAAAAAAUUUGUUGGAGUGCAACUGUGCAACUCUCUAAGAUACAAGAUUUAUUUGAGCGACUCACUCACAGGAAAAUUUUAUAACAUUGGCGAUCAAAGAGGCCAUGGAGAAGAUCACUGCCAGUUUGUAGAUUCGUUUUUAGAUGGACGCACAGGACAGCAACUCACUUCUGACCAGUUACCCACAAAGGAAGGCUAUUUCAGAGCAGUUCGCCAGGAACCUGUCCAAUUUGGAGAAAUAGGUGGCCACACCCAAAUCACUUAUGUCCAGUGGUAUGAAUGUGGGACUACAAUUCCUGGAAAAUGGUAGAUGCUGCAAUCAUGCUCCAAAGUACUUCUGGUUCAUUAUGGAAAAAAAUAUUGGUGGAAAUACUAUGGUAUUUGUCACAUUCAUUUAAAGCUAUUUUGUUUACUAUGUAUAAACGUCUGCAAUCUAACAGCAAUAUUAGAUGUUUAUUAUUAGAAAGGAUUGCUGAGAAUAUUUAUCAGGUUUUACAAAGUCAUUUUAAGAAAGCAAGAUAUUGACAUUAAACAAUAACAUUUUUAGGGAAGCUGGCUCCCUAUUCAUGGUAUUUUAAGAGAUCAUUUGUAUAUUAUUUAUCAGUGUUGUAAUAAUGUUCUGAGAUACUUUUAUAACAAAAUUAACAUCAAAAACUUAUUAUAUAUACUUUUUAAAAAUGUCCUUUUAUUGGUGUGUUUGUUUCCUAUUGGUGAGUUAAUUCCAUGAAACUCUACUUAGUUUAACUUAUUAGAUCAAAUUAUCUUCAGGGGGAAAAAUUAUAUCUGAGGGGAAAAGGUCCUACUAUUCACGUUUAUUUAAACUUCCAUUUUUUACUAUGAGCUGAAAAGAUUUCCUGAAUAGAUACUUUCUGUUAAUAUAAUUUUCAUAAAUUUUCUACAAAUUACUGAAAAAAUUCAUUUGAAUCAGUAAGUUUCAUUUCAGCUAAAAAUGGGGUUGAUAAUCUAAUGAUAUACUUUCAAAAGAAAUGUGUCUGAAUAUACUAUCAAAAUUAUCCCUUUUAAGCAACAGUUUAUUAUUUUAUUUGAGCUGUAUGCUGAGACUAUAUGUGAAGUCUGAGCAUGAAAAGAUAAUGCAUGACGAGAUCUCUACAAUUUUACAGACUAUCUGCUAUAUAUUUAUGCUAGAUUUCUAUGAAUGAAUCACAGGGGUGCUUUUGUAAUACUGUUUAACUCAAGCUGUAAUAAAAAUCUAACUUCAUUUUCAUUAAAAGAUAUUACUUUCCUUCAUGCUGGGAAUAGGAAUGCUGCAUCAUUACCCUCAUUUUGUGUGCUUACUUUUCAAUGUGCUUCAUUCUUAUCAAUGCUAAAAUUCUGUAUUUUUCAAACAACUAUAAAUUCUUCAAUAAAGAGA